UGCAGAUCUGAAGAGCGUAAUACGUCAUGGAUAACUGUUACUUCGAGGGUCUGCUGUUUUUUAGGCUAGUCUACCUCGUCAUGUGCGGAGACUGUGAAGGAGAAGCUGAGCAACUGGGCAGGUGCCUAAAGAGCCGGAGGGAAAGCCGACUGGGAAUACCAGAAGAAGUGUUGGACGUCGACUCAAGUUCUCUCUCGUCCCCCUCUGCUUCACCGCAAGGAAUGGCAUCUCCAACUCGUUUGGGGAAGGCGGUUUGCGCGAACUGUCGAGAGGAAAUUGUGGAUAAAUACUUGCUCAAGGUGAACGACUUGUGCUGGCAUGUGCGCUGUCUGUCGUGCAGCGUUUGCCAGACUUCGCUUGGCGGGCACACCAGCUGCUAUAUCAAAGAAAAGGAGGUGUUUUGCAAAGUUGACUAUUUUAGGAGGUACAGGACCUGGUGUGCGUGCUGUGGCCGAAGCAUCCAGUCUACAGACUGGGUGCGGCGAGCCAAGGGGAACGUGUACCACCUGGCCUGCUUCGCCUGCUUCUCCUGCAAGAGGCAGCUGUCGACGGGCGAGGAGUUUGCCCUGGUGGAGGAGAAGGUGUUGUGUCGGGUGCACUACGACUGCAUGCUGGACAACCUGAAGCACGCCGUGGAGAAGGGAAGCAUGGUCAGUGUUGAGGGAGCAAUGCCUACAGAACAAGAAAUGAAUCAACCCAAAUCAUCAAAGAGGGCCCGCACAAGCUUCACGGCAAACCAGCUGCAGGUGAUGCAAGCCCAGUUCGCCCUAGACAACAAUCCUGAUGCUCAGACACUCCAGAAGUUAGCUGAACAAACCGGCCUCAGCAGAAGGGUGAUUCAGGUGUGGUUUCAGAACUGCAGGGCACGGCACAAGAAGCACAUCAGUCCAUCCCACCCUUCGUCGUCGUCGUCCUCCUCCUCUUCCACCUCAUCGGUGCCUCCCCUCUCGUCUCUGCAGCCCCUGCGGCUUCCCCAGCCCAUCAUCGAGGAGCUGCAGUACUCAUCGUACGAACCCGAGGGCUCCAUGCUCUCCGCACUGCACUCGUACAUCGACGUACAUUCACCAUCAUCAGUGAUGUACCAGUCACUGCUGCCGCAUCCAGGCACACAGCUGCCAGUCACUCACGCCUGAGCCUUACCGUCUUUUCGCACCAUCUUCUUCUCUGCCAUUAACGUGCAAAUAGGCCCGAUAAAUGGACUCUGGCCUUUUUUCGUUAUGGAAAUGCUUUUGAUUUGUACAUCAACCCAGGUUGUACAGUAAGUGUAUUGUUGCAUUAACUUGUUUCGUAGUGAAAAGCGUCACUAUAUGAGCGAAGGUUUUGUUUGUUUGUUUUUGUCAGAGGAAGGUUUUGUGAUUCGUAGAGGGAGUUAAAUCCACACCUGCCUCCAGCCGCACAAAAUUGCACAAUUUUAAGUCUACUUUUGCAUAAACGUUUUGGCUCACAAGUCCGGUCUAGACUGUUUACGAUGUCUUUUGGUUUUGAGCGUGACCAUAAGGUAACAGCUGAUCAUUGAUGAAAGGGUGCAUUGGUCUUACUACCUCUCCGGUCUUGGUAAACGACCGGCUUUGAUACAGGAACUGAUACGUUUGUUAUCUACAGUAGGCUAGUUGAUCAUAUUUUGAGUUUUCCACCCCGUGUAAAAUUGACAUUGACAUUGACAAAUACCCUAUGCGUAUGAGAUUCAUGCUAACGACUACCAUAUAUUGUAUUAUGUGGUUAAAUAAUAAAAAUGCUUAUACAUGCAGCUGGAAAAAGGUUGAAUUUGUCAUAAGAACUGGCCAUCAGUAUAAUGGCUCCGUUUUGACAUUACAGCACUGCAUUGCCUAGAUAUUGAGGAUGUUGCCCAGUUCAGACAUGAAUGCUGCUGUUACAUGACUAUGAAUGUUGUGCUAUAAAAUGUUCUUUUUUCUGUACAUUGUUCAAAAUAAUUAUUUAUGUUCUAUUUAUUUCUUGUGCUUCACUGUCAUUUUUAAAUAAAUGUAAAAUUA